UCUGGUGCUAACAGAAAAAAGGGGUUUAGGGUUUAAGUCCGCAAGUGGUCGGAAGUGUUGGAGAACCGACAACAAUGGAGUUACAGUCCGUUUGUAGUUUGCGUCCCAUUUCGAACCCUAAAAGAUUAUCCAUUAAUCCUUUCUUUUCUCACUCGAUUAACAACCAUCAACGAAUUCGAUUAGAUACAAAAACAUAUAACCCAAUUUCAUUAUCCAAAUCGAGAUUAUUGAGAGUUGUCACUAAAGCAUCGAAUUCUGAUAACAAAUUGACGACGAAUGGUUCAAUAAUUGGAACGAGUAGUAAAUUUGAUGAUAAACCAGAACCAUAUAGUGGUAAAUCUGGUUCAAUUUCAUUUUAUGGGUUAACUCAUCAGUCUGUUGAAGAAGGGAAAUUGGUUUCAUCUCCUUUUAAAGAUGAUAUUGGUUCUUCGUUUCUAUGGGUUUUAGCUCCAGUUGCCUUGAUUUCUUCUUUAGUGCUUCCACAGUUUUUUCUAAGCGGUUUCUUUGAUGCUCUUCUUAAGGAUGAGAUACUUGCAGAAAUCGUGAUAUCUUUUUCAUCGGAGGCCAUGUUUUAUACUGGUUUCGGCGCAUUUCUUUUCAUAACUGAUCAAGUCAAGAAGCCAUAUCUACAAUUUAGUCCAAAACGAUGGGGUCUUAUUACAGGACUCAGAGGAUACUUAACUUCUGCUUUCUUAACCAUGGGACUAAAGGUGUUCGCUCCCCUGUUAACCGUGUUUGUAACUUGGCCAGUGCUAGGCUUGCCAGCCUUGGUUGCAGUGCUUCCAUUUCUAGUCGGCUGUGCUGCUCAGUUCGCAUUUGAAACACAUUUAGACAAGCAGGGGUCGUCUUCUUGGCCUCUGGUUCCUAUUAUUUUUGAGAUAUACAGACUUUAUCAAUUGAGCAAAGCCGCUCAUUUUGUUGAGAGGUUGAUGUUCUCAAUGAGGGGAGCUGCUGCAUCCCCUGAAUUACUGGAGAGAAGUGGCGCCUUGGUUGCAAUGUUGGUUUGUUUCCAAGUUCUUGGUGUGCUUUGCCUGUGGUCUUUGAUAACGUUUCUCCUCAGGCUUUUCCCAUCUAGACCUGUUGCCGAUAAAUAUUGAACUUGUAAGCUUUACUGUACAUCUGUUUCCAGUAAUUUAUGAACUCGAUUUUUUUAAUUUUUUGUAAUCCUUUCCUACAGAGAAAUAGUGAGAGAUACCUUUAUGUUUGUGUAAGGCAAUAUCUAAGGCAAAAUGAUGACCAAAUCCUAGGUUAUUGUUGUA